AUGGCUUCCCCUUUUUUGUUUUUGACGACCACUGGUUCAGCAUCGGCACUUUUUCGUCAUUGGACCCUUGUGAUUGUUCUGACUUCUCUACUUUUGACCGAAAAUUUGAAUUAUUUUGCGGUCAAUGCAGAGCCUUCUAUGAUCCUUCAUGCGGUUUCAAACGAAUUUAGUCGCGAUCCUUUUACUAAUGCAAUAGGUUCGAUCACUGUUUCACAAUUGCAUAACAUUACACUUAAGCCCAAUCCUCUCGUCAAAGUUCCCUUGAAAAAUGUACCCAAAAUAGCUGACAAUGUAGCUCUUCUUACGUUUUUCUCUCCUAAUGAUUCUGCCUCCGAUAAUUUUGUAAUAGAAAUAUACAAUCCACCUUCUUCAAAAAUUCAAAAUCUUGGACAAACUAUUUUGUACUCAUUCCUCUGCGUUACCCUUACAAAUUUGUGUGCGGUGACGGGUUUUAUUUGUAUACCCAUCAAACGUUCAAAGCAUUUCCCGAUUCUCCUAAAUUUUAUGAUGUCUCUUGCGGUCAGUGCUCUCUUAGCAACUUCAAUUCUUGUCCUUGUUCCUGAAGCAAUGCGAAUGGUUGAGUUGCCGUUGGAGUUUGGUGGACAGGGUCGCACUUACCUUUAUAAAAUGGGCUGUGUUGCUGCUGGCGUAUUCUUUUUCUUCAUUUUAGAAUACAUUCUUCUCAUACUUCCCCGUCUCUUCAGGUGGGAUUCAUCAUCCGACAGCGAUAUUAGAACUGACGAGAGCUCGAAGAAUGACAAUGACAAUUCGAAUCCGGACAUUUCCAUGAUUGGCAGAGCAGCUUUGGAAAAUAGUUUCUCCAGUUCAAGUAUCAAUAUCUCCCAAAGAUCCGAGACAAUUCUUCGAGGACGUAAAAGUCGCUGUUGUGCUUACUUUACGCAUGAAAAGUUCUCGCAGAUUGCUCCUGUUGCAUGGAUGAUUCUCUUCGGUGAUAGUUUUCAUAACCUCAUGGAUGGAAUGACUAUUGCUGUCGGUUUCACUGAAAGCCCACAUAUUGGAAUCGCACUUACACUGAGUAUUCUCUUUGAAGAAUUGCCUCAUGAAUUGGGUGACUUUGCUAUCUUGAUAUCCUCGGGAUUCUCCAUCAGAGCGGCUAUCUGCGCCAACUUUUUAUCUGCUUGUUCGGCUUAUAUUGGUUUGGUUAUUGGUCUUGUAAUUGGAGAGGUUUCCACGGGUGCUCUCUAUGUCUUCGCGAUCUGUGGUGGUUUUUUCCUUUACAUCAGUCUAUCUGAUAUGUUACCGGAAUUGCGUGAAUCCCUAGAAGUGAAGGAGAAGAAAAAGGAGAAUUCGAUUUGGCUUUUCUUAAUUCAAUGCCUCGGUCUCUUGACUGGAUUCGGAUGUGUUUUGGGGGUUACACUCGCCAGUGACCACAUUGCCUUCUAG